GCCGGAGGUCCUGCGUUCUUAUCCCGUGCUUUCCUCGCCGUCGCCGUCGCUACAGAACUCAACAGAAUUGAAGCAUAAGAUGGUGGAUACCGAAAUGCAAGAGCAAGAUGUGACUUUUGGUGCUGAAGAUGUCCUUGUUGAGACAAAGUAUUUAGAGGAUGAACCUUUGGAGCCUGAAAAUUAUCAGAACCCUAGUGAAAUCCCUCAGCCCCUUGUUCUUGGAGAUGGUCAGGCUAAUAAUGGUCAUGGGAUGAAUGGUGGUGUUGCAGUUGUUGACCACUCUGAAAGGAAGACUCGUAAGGUGCAGAUGUUGAGUCCUAAGACUGAAGUUGAAAAUGCCAGAAAGCGGAAGACUUGGCUGCUGGAUUCUGAGGCACAUGGAGUUGAUGAAGCAGGGACACCAGUAGAACAAGUGACGUUUCUAAGAGAAGUGGAGGCCUUUUACAAGGAGAAUUUCCUGGAAUUUAAACCUCCUAAGUUUUAUGGACAGCCUUUAAACAUUCUCAAGCUAUGGCGAGCAGUCAUUAAUCUAGGUGGCUAUGAAGUGGUCACCACAAAUAAGCUGUGGCGGCAAGUUGGAGAAUCCUUCCAUCCUCCCAAGACAUGCACAACAGUCUCCUACACAUUCCGCAAUUUCUACGAGAAGGCACUUUUGGAGUACGAAAAGUGUUUAAGGAAAAAUGGUGAGCUUAACCUUCCUGGUUCAACAUUGCCUCUGUCUUCCAGCCUCGAGAAAGAGGCAAGUAGCCAUCAAGGUCCAGGGUCAGGCAGGGCACGAAGAGAUUCUGCAGCUCGUGCUAUGCAAGGUUGGCAUGCGCAGCGCCUUGUUGGAUCUGGAGAGGGUACUGCGCCAGUUGUUAAGGAUAAGGGCUUAAACUCAACCCCAAAGCAUAAGAAACUCAAAAGCAUUGGGCUGCAAAAACACAAACCACAAACUAGCAUGGACCUUUUUGUUUCAAAUGAAGCUGACAAACAGUCGGCUGCUGAGGUUGUUGAUGUUGGACCCCUUGCUGACUGGGUGAAGAUAAAUGUCAAAGAAACUAAGGAUUCCUUCGAGAUAUUUGCCUUGGUACCUGGACUUCUUCGCAAAGAGGUUCGAAUUCAAUCAGAUCCUGCGGGAAAGGUGGUUAUAACAGGCCAGCCAGAGCAGCUUGACAAUCCUUGGGGCAUUACACCCUUCAAAAAGAUUGUUGACUUAUCAGCAAGAAUCGAUCCGCUUAACACAUCUGCGGUCAUGAGCAUGCAUGGCCGGUUGUUCAUACGAGUUCCGUUUGAGCAGUGAUGGAUGUCGAGAGUGAGCUGGUCAUUUGUUCUUGGUUUCUUCUAGGAAUUCAUAUGUUUCAGAACCAAAUUGUUAGGCGGCUGAAGCAGUUUUGUAACUGUGAUCUGAGUCUGAAGACUGAAGUUAGGAACAUGCAAACAAACAUUUGAUCUUACU